AACAUGAGGCUAAAAUGAUAGCAUACAAAAGUACAAAGACAUUACUCAAAUUACCUCUGCCUCUCAACCAGCCUGAAAAUGGCUGAAGCUGUCAUGAGUUUCACCAUAGCCAAACCUAAUUUCCAAAGUACUUCUGUCCAGACAACAAUAGCGGACUUAAACCCCUUCUCAAAAUCACUUAGGCUUUGCCCAACAGCAGGACUUCACAAUGGCAGGAAUUUGAUUGGAGGCAUCAAUAGCAAAAGGGCUUCAACAUGUAAAGCAAAUGCCUUCCCAGAUUGGCCAUUGAUGGCAGUACUGGUUGAGCAUGCUGAAGGACAAAGAGACCUCAUAACCCACAAAUCCAUUUGGCACCUAAGUGAUCAAGCAAUAAAGAAUGUUUACACAUUUUACAUCAUGUUCACAUGUUGGGGAUGCUGUUUCUUUGGUUCUACCAAAGAUCCUUACUAUGACUCAGAGGAGUAUAGAGGAGAUGGAGGGGAUGGUACUGGACACUGGGUCUAUGAGAAGCAAGAAGACAUAGAAGAAAGGGCUCGAGCACAACUGUGGCGCGAAGAACUCAUAGAAGAGAUUGAGCAAAAGGUUGGGGGCCUAAAAGAGCUGGAAGAAGCUGGCAAGAAAGAAGAGCUUGUCAAGUGAACUUGUUCUGGCACAGUGUUGCAAAUUUAAGCACAUUUGGUUCACCUUUUGAUCAUUUGUAGUGAUAUAGAAAGCAAUAGUGGAAAUAUUUUGAACAUCUUGAUAGCAACAUGAUCACUAUAAACCAUUUGCCUUGUUGAAAAUAGGUUAAGUGACAGAUCCAACCGAUCCAAAAUCUAGCUUGACCUGUGAUCAGUCUUUAGCAGAUACACAAUGGAACUUAUAUCUCGUAACCAAGAUACCUUAUAGUACAAGACAAAAUUCAGCAAGUCAGCUGAACAAUUCUGAAGAGGAAAAGCAUCUUGGUCUUCCAUCUGUACGACAAAUCAUGAAUUUUUUCUUUAACGCAUUGAACCUUGUUCCAGAAGCAGAACA